GGUUGACUACCUCGAAACAGUCAGACUACAAGGGGCUCAUUACAGUGGAUUCUUUACUGCGACCCAAAAGCGUAUAGAGGCUGCUUCUUUCUCAAGUUAAGCUCUCCGAUAAAACGCAGCCAAGACAAUUCGUUUCCAGAAUUUGGCAUUGCGAGCACAACGAUGAGCGACGUCGAAGAGGCUACAAGGCGUCGUAAUGCCGUGGCGAGGUACCGCAAGAAACUCCCCUUUCACAAGGAACUCGAAGUCACAGUUCGAAUCGUGAGACAGAAGUUGGGGGCUUUGAAGAAAGUGUUCAACAAAACAGAAGAUGACUUGAAGUCACUUCAAAGUGUUGGGCAGAUCAUUGGAGAAGUUAUCAGGCCUCUCGACAAUGAACACUUGAUUGUCAAGGCAAGUCGUGGCCGCAGGUAUGUGGUUGGCUGUCGCAGUAAAGUGGAUAAGGAAAAACUGAUUGCAGGAACGAGAGUGGCUCUUGAAAUGAAAACACUCACUAUCAUGAGGGCUCUUCCACGUGAAGUUGAUCCGGUUGUUUAUAAAAUGCUGCAUGAAGAUCCCGGUAAUGUUAGCUACUCUGCUGUUGGUGGCUUAUCUGAUCAGAUCAGAGAAUUGAGAGAAUCUAUUGAGCUACCUCUAAUGAAUCCGGAGCUCUUCCUUAGAGUUGGCAUCAAACCUCCUAAGGGUGUCCUUCUUUAUGGACCUCCUGGUACUGGCAAGACGCUGUUAGCUAGAGCUAUUGCAAGUAACGUAGAUGCAAACUUCUUAAAGGUUGUUUCAAGUGCUAUAGUCGAUAAAUACAUUGGGGAAACUGCACGGUUGAUACGCGAAAUGUUUGGGUAUGCUCGUGAUCACCAGCCCUGCAUCAUUUUUAUGGAUGAGAUUGAUGCCAUUGGUGGGCGCCGUUUCAGUAGGGGAACAAGUGCUGACCGUGAGAUUCAAAGAACACUGGUGGAGUUACUUAAUCAGCUUGAUGGAUUUGAUCAGUUUGGGAAGGUCAAAAUUAUAAUGGCAACAAACCGUCUUGAUGUUCUCGAUCCUGCACUUCUUCGACCAGGGCGACUGGACAGAAAAAUAGAGAUUCCAUUGCCGAAUGAGCAAUCAAGAAUGGAAAUCCUUAAGAUUCAUGCUGCCAGAAUUGCCAAACAUGGUGAAAUCGACUAUGAAGCUGUUGUAAAGCUCGCAGAGGGUUUUAAUGGGGCUGAUCUUCGAAAUGUUUGCACGGAAGCUGGCAUGUCAGCGAUCCGUGCAGAACGUGAUUAUGUUAAACACGAAGACUUCAUGAAGGCUGUGCGGAAGCUGAACGAAGCAAAGAAACUCGAAUCUAGCGCCCACUACAGUGCCAGUGCUAAUUUUGGGAAACACUAGCCAUUCAGUUGUUUCAUUUUCAGAGCCAAGGAUAUUUGGGCAGUGCAUCUUUUAUUCCAUCCGCCUGAAAGGUGAUCCCUAUCUAAUACCUAGAGAUUCCAUUAAAAAAAAAAAUGUUCCCAAUCUUCGAAACGUGGAUAUCAGUAAGCUAAUCCAAUUGGGCUUGAAAGGAAGAGUGUUCUAAUGUAGUUGUGUUUUGCCAAAUUCGUGUUACUGUCAACAUAGUCCUACACGUAGUACCACGGUACGACCUAAUCAAACUAGAAUUUCCUUGUUAUCCCCAUCAACUACGUACAUUGUGGAAUUGGAGUGUCUAUGAUGGCUCUAUUUUACGUUCGGAUAUCAUGCAGAA